AUGUCUCUACAAUUGGCUACCAAAACAUUGUAUCACAACAAGAAGAAGACUGACCAACAAGAGGAUGAAGAAUAUGAUUUCUUUCCUCUCCGAUUAUUGGAAGAGUCUCACUCAUUAAAGAAGGCAUACACACAUUCUAGAAGAAAACAGCUUGGAUAUUCUUCUGUUGGUGGUGAAAGUAAUACUACUGGAGGCUCCGAUCAUGUAGCUUUAAUUGAUUUACUCGAUACUGCUGGACAAGAAGAAUAUAGUAGUUUGAGAGAUCAAUACUAUAGAACAUCAUAUGGUUUUCUUAUUGUUUUUUCGAUAACAGAUUCAAGUUCGUUGGAAGAUUGUCAAACUAUUUGGGAACAAAUUUUGAGGACAAAGGAUGUUGAUUCAUUUCCUUGUGUACUUAUUGCAAACAAGAGUGAUUUGGAAGAGGAGAGAAUAGUGUCAAAACAACAAGUUAAGGAAGUUGCACUUCGUUUGGGCAUUCCUUAUUUUGAAACAAGUGCCAAACAAAGGAUUAAUGUAGACGAACCUAUUCAUGAACUAGUAAGAAUGUGUGGAAGAUUGGAUGAAUACAGAUUUUCUAUUGUUGGCUCUGGUGGUGUAGGAAAAAGUGCUUAUUGCACACAAUUCAUUCAAAAUGUGUUCGUAGAACAAUACGACCCAACAAUAAAACAAAUAGUUGUUUCAAAUGUUCCUCUCGAUGAUGCCCAAAGUAGCUCAGUAUCAUCUUCCACAAGCAAAAAAAAGUCUAGUGGAGGAGGUUUCUUAUCGAGACUUUUCAAGAAGAGUGAAAAAAAGACUGCCUCAACAGUUUCACAAGCUUGUUCAUCCUCUAUUGAUCUUUCAAACGAACAAACUAUCAAACAUCCAAAAUCUGAUGCCAAUGUUGCUGCCUUGUGUAUGAAUGGCCUUUUAGCAGAAUGUCCAAAAGCUCUAGGCCCUCUUGUUACCUGUUCAAAUUGUAAAGCUGCGUUAAAUGGUGAAAAAAAGAGAAAUCAUUGGAAAUGCUCAUUUUGCGAUACUGAAAAUGUAUUACCUUCCAAUGUUUCAUCCAUUCCAGAAAUGAUUGAACACAAGUUGGAAGAGAGUUCUGUAAAUGAUGAUGACGGCUUACUAGUUUUUUGUAUUGAUAUCUCUGGCAGUAUGUGUCAAUCUGAGCAAUUACCAAGCUACUCUGUUCUUAAUUUGGAUUUGAGACAAUCCGACCAACAAGAAAAGAAUAGACGUUUACUGAGAGAAUUGGGAUUAGAAUCUGAAGUUUCUGUUCAUAAUCAAUUUCUUCCAAACGAAAGUCGAUCUUCAUCCUAUGUUUCUAGAAUGGACUGUCUCAAGAUGGCUCUAGAUAUUCAAGUUACUGAAACAGCUAGAGAAUCUCCCAAUAAGAGAAUAGCCAUUGUUACCUUCUCAAGCAAUGUGCAAAUUAUUGGUGACGCCAGAUCACAAACUAGAGCUAGUGUCCCAGCUGUGUUACUUGAUAAUUUCGAAGGAUUGUUCAAGUUAGGACAAUCUUAUAGAACCUCUAUUCUAAACAAUGUUUCACUUGCCAAUGAUAAUUUGAUUGAGUAUAUUUACUCAAUUGCAGAAGAUGGUGCUACAGCACUGUUCCCUGCCUUACUUGUUAGUUUGGGUAUUGCAAGUCAGCAAAAAGGUAGCAAAAUUAUCCUGUGCACUGACGGAGUUGCAACAACAGGUUUGGCUGGUAUUAGUGAGGAAAUUUCAAAGAGAGCUAAAAGUAUCAAGGAUCAAGAAGAGUGUUGCACAAAGAUUGCAAACUUAUCCUGCGAGUAUGGCAUUAAUAUUAAUGUUUUUGGUGUUGAGGGCUCAAACUGUAACUUGUCAUUAAUUGGAAAGCUCGCUGAUAAUACUGGAGGUUUGACAAACAUUGUAAAACCAGUUGAAUUAAGAAGGCAAAUGAGACAAAUUAUUGAUAAUCCAGUUAUUGCAACCGAUGUUAAAGUACAAAUGCUCUUCUCCAAUCCAAUAUCACCAAAGAAUCAGGAGGUAUCUAAAUUGGAUAAGUAUUCAAUGGUUACUCAAUCAAUUAGCAGUGCAACAGCUGAGACAGAUGUUACCAUUGAAAUGGAAGUAAAAGAUGAUAAGAAGGAUAAGGGAUUGAUUCAAGCACAAAUUUACUAUACUGCCUCAUCAAACGGAUGCAAAUAUGUGAGAGUGGUUAAUCAACCAGUUAAGAUUACAUCUGACAGAAGUGUUUCCUUAGAAAAUGUAGAUGUUUCUGUAUUGUCCUUAAAUGCAGUUUUACAAAGCUCCAUUCUUGCUGAAAGUGGCAAAAUUAGAGAUGCCAGAUUGAAACUUUUGAGUAUGAACAAACUCUUGGAAGAAGUCUCCAAGUCAUACGGUCAGCAAGAAGAAAUGAAUGCAUUUGUAAACAAUACUCAAGACCUAGAUGAAGAUUUGAGACAAUGUGAAAAUGAUUCAUCAAUGAGAGAAACAGACAAACUCUCUUCACUUCUCUACAGAAUGAAAAAGUCAAACAGAACUGCAUUCCUUGCCGGUGAGAGAAAGAGAGAAAUUGUACAAACUAGAAAAAAACACACAGGUCAAUCAAACAACAACAAUCAAUCCUCUUCUUCUAAUAGUGGAAUAACUCCAUCCAAUUCAAGAAUCCAAACAGAGGACCCAUCCAUCUUUACUAAUAGAGAUUGGCUUGCAGAGGAAGAAAGAAUUCCAGAACCAGCCAAUAUUUCUCAAAUCACCACACCUACUGAUCAUCACCACGAGCAGCAAGAAGAAAAUAAUCACUGCAUCGUUUGUAUGGAUAAGGAGAUUAAUGUAGUUUUGGUUCCAUGUGGUCACAUGAUAAUGUGUGAUGGCUGUGCCAACAAGCUCACUAACAAAUCAUGUCCUACCUGUAGAAAACCAAUAACUCAAAUUGUAAAAGUAUUCAAGUAA